CCCCGCUGCCUCCGGGCGGGGCCGGGGCCGGACUUGGGGCUGGGUCUGGGACCGGGUCCGGGUCCGGGGUUGCUACCCCCACCAUGACCAAGCUGCUGCCGGCGCAGGAGGCGGCUCGGAUCUACCACACCAACUAUGUGCGGAAUGCGCGGGCCAUGGGGGUGCUCUGGGCCCUCUUCACGCUCUGCUUCUCCAUCCUGAUGGUGGUGACCUUCAUCCAGCCCUACUGGAUCGGCGACAGCAUCGACACGCCGCAGGCCGGCUACUUCGGCCUCUUCUCCUACUGCAUCGGCAACGCGCUCACCGGGGAGCUCAUCUGCAAGGGCAGCCCCCUGGACUUCGGCACCAUCCCCUCCAGUGCCUUCAAAACUGCCAUGUUCUUCGUAGGCGUCUCCACCUUCCUCAUCAUCGGCACCAUCCUCUGCUUCAGCCUCUUCUUCUUCUGCAACGCAGCCACUGUGUACAAAGUGUGUGCCUGGAUGCAGCUGGCAGCGGCUACAGGGCUGAUGAUUGGCUGCCUGAUCUACCCUGAUGGCUGGGACUCGAACGAGGUGAGGCGAAUGUGCGGGGACAAAACGGACAAAUACACGCUGGGAGCCUGCACGGUGCGCUGGGCUUACAUCCUGUGCAUCAUCGGCAUCCUGGAUGCCCUCAUCCUCUCCUUCCUGGCCUUUGUGCUGGGCAACCGGCAGGACAACCUCCUCCCCUCGGAUUUCAAGGUGGAGGAUAAAGAAGAGGGAAAUGACUGAGAGCUGAUCACCAUGAACAUCCAGAGCUCUUCUCCAUCAGCCCUUUUCUUUGAAGUGACUCUUCUAGGAAGCUUCAACUUAUCAAAUUCUGUGGAUUUUCUACAGCUGUUUUCUUCACUCAUGGGGCAGCUCUUGGCUCACAGCUCUUGUGGAGCUUAUUUGGUGGGAAGAGCCCAAAAUGGACAUAAGAGUUUUCCUGAGUCCAUCAGCAAGAGGGACAGGAGGGGAAGGAUGGCAAUUUGCUGCUUUUUGGGGGGUUUGUACACUUUCUUUCAAGGAAAUUAUUUAUGAAUUAAAAAAAAAAACAACCAAAAACCACCAAAACA